GGCAGGGAGGGGUUGCAAGCAAAAGUACAGACAGAUAGGAACACGAACAAAGACGGACAAAACCCAGUGAAGGCGGAGAGUGAGUACUUGAGAGAAGGAAUGCUAUAGGCCGACUGUAAAUAAGGAGCUUUCAAGAGAGACAGAUGGGUGGGAUGUAAGUGAGUGCCCUGUAGCAGGAGAGACCACGGAACUGGCAGAUACCAGGAGUGCAUUCUUCAUGAAUUCUGGAAAUAAAGUGGAUCUUAAAAUUAAUAUUAUUGGCCCAAUGGGAACUGGAAAAACUUCUCUUCUAAAUCAGUAUGUGCAUAAGUGGUUCUUGAAUGAUUACCAGAACACAUUGGGUGCCCAUCUUCUGUCUAAAACCAUCCAGUUGGACAACACAAACUUGAACUUGCAGAUCUGGGAUACAGGUGGACAGGAACGAUUUCGGACUUUGGUUUCCACUUUUUACAAAGGCUCUGAUGGUUGUCUGCUAGUAUUUGAUGUCACUGACGAAGAGAGUUUUGCUUGUCUUGAAUUCUGGAGAAAGGACUUUUUGGACAAAAUACCUCCUCCUGCAGCUGAUUUUCCUUUGAUUGUUCUUGGAAAUAAGAUUGACCUCAAUGACAGACAGGUCUCCAAGGAAUCGGCAAUGACCUGGUGCAAAGGAAAAAAGGUUUCGUAUUUAGAAGUCAGUGCCAAAAACAAUGUCAACGUGGAACUUGCAUUCGAAAUACUUGCCAAAAAAGCCUUAAUACACUACCAAGAGAAUAAAGAAAGCUGCCUAGGAGAGUCCAUAAAGCUGUAUGCCACAGAGGAUUCUCACAGUAACACAUGCUGCUAAUAUUAGUUUCCGUCGUUUGCACUAUAUGUCUCAGAAAGUGGAAAAUGUAUAGAGUGAAUAGUGGCCCCACAUAGUUUUAAGCAAGUUGUGAAUUGGACAUUUCACAGUGAGGACCAGUCAUUGUAUUUGCCAAUGAUUAUAAUCCACAACCUUCAGAGACCAUUAUAACACUGGGUAGACUAUGAGCUGUGUGUGCUCUCUAAAAUCCUACAUAAAGCAACUGACAAGAACUUGUUUUCCCAGAGGAAACACAAUCCAGGAUCAUGUGGAACUGAAUACAAAUCUGAAUAUGCUCUAGCCUUUUUUUUAUUUUCUUUGCCUUUUUAGUGGUACUCAGCGAUGUUAAUUUCUGCUUUAAUUUGCACAACUCCUUUGAUGUACGAAAAGUACUGCAUAUUCAAAACAAAAUUUCAAUAAAUACAGAAUAUUUUUACACA